AUGGAUAAUAUGUCCGUUAAAACCAAGAAACGCAAGUACUCAAAAGAGGGCUGUGUGGAAUGCAAACGACGCAAAAUCAAGUGCGACGAGGCAAAGCCCAUUUGUUGGCACUGCAAACGGCUCGACAAGAUUUGUGUCUAUCAGCCUCCCAGGUCGUCGAAGCUUAAGGGCAUAUCUUUGACCAACGUCUCUCCCGUGGGAUUCUAUCCCACACCAUAUCGUGCGCCUGUCCACGUUCCGCCAAGCCAUGCUCAUGGAUUCUACGUGAAUCGAAUGGGACCGCCAGUGCUAGGAGUUCACGAAAACACACAUGCUUCGCCAUCUGCGACCGCCAUACCAUAUCCAUCGGAGCCCUCGGGACUGAACGAACAGUCGCAGUCUCCACAGAGCAACUUCCCUCUGCAAUCCUUGGGAGCAUCAGCGAACAAUCUGGCACACAGUCUCAACGAUUUGCUGGAAAGCAAGAUAGACGAGAUUGGCGUUCCGAACGACGACAGUGAAAUGGAGAGUAUGUUCCGUAUGUUCAAGCGCACAGAAUACCAACGUCCAGACUCGACUACAUCUUUGGACUCCGUCAACGGCUGGGGAGUUCCUGAUUUUCUUACCAAACGUGUAUCCAUAGAUUCUCUGCAGUUUCCCGGAGAACACAGAAAAUAUCUCGAGCUUUUCGACCACGAUUACGUCCGAGUGAUUAUGCCUUUUCAGCCCUUGCCCCAUUACAACCCGGCACGGGAAAUUCUUUUAACAUACGCGAACAAAAACAAUUAUCUUAUGGCUGCCAUCUUAUCAUGCGGUGCCCUGCAGAGUUUCCGCAAAACUCAAGACGAACAAGACGAGAAGAAUUAUUGCUCGUAUCUGUCAACAUGUUUACAGCUACUGUCCACUGUUCUUGCUGAGCAGGAUAAGAUCAGCAGCAAUGUGGAGCCCAUGCUACUCACCAUCCUCCUGCUCACGUCGUACACUGCGAUGUCUCUUGUACAAAAAUGGAGACCGCACCUCUGUGCUGCAAAGGACCUGCUUUCCACAUAUGCUCCAUUCAGCGAGGAUCCGCGUCUUCGGCAGCGAAACUCCUAUGUCGUGGCAUUCUGUCGCAACUGGUAUCUGUCGAUAGAGAAUAUUGCCGGUCUCACUGCUCCGCUAGGUGGAGUGCUCAAAAACGACAGAGAGCUUGACCUCGCCAUGUACGACCUCCCAUAUACUCGUGCUUACUGGGAGAGCAUGAUGUGCUGUCGCAGGGAUGGUUUCAAUUAUCUUUAUGGCUAUUCCAAUACACUCGGAGUGUCGCUUCAAAAAUUGAUCAAGUCGAUAAAAAUCAUGCGCAGCAAGAAACAUACCUCACCACAGUCACCCAACCUUUCCGCCUUUACAAUUUUCGAGCUCACAGCCGAUUUUCACAGAGAAUCCCAGUUUGAGAUCAUCAGCAAAACGGGAAUUGUGCCCAGAACUCACUUUAUGCACCCUGAUAACAAUCAUGCCCCACCAUUGGGGUUUGAACCGCUCUCACCAGAAUCAAUCGAAAAAGUCGAGUAUUCUGAUGGCACCUACGACUACAUCUCAUGGUAUGACGUGUGUCACCAGUCUUUUGUGAUCACUGCGUUCCUGAUCAUUACCUCUGAUUUAGGUCGGAUCCCUAAAAGACACCCGAUAAUCCAAGAGCUGGUCCAUCGGGCAUUACAUCUUCUCCGAUUUUUGGAUUCUGAAAAAGUAAUGAGGAACUAUUGUGUUCUCAUGGUCCAGGUGGCCGUAUUCUAUGUUGGCCUAAACUGCGUGUACGAUCGCGACCGUGAAUUUGUCACUCGCUACUUCACCCAAAUGAACAAUCUGCACACAGCGUCGGCCUCCAUUACACUCAAAAGACUCAAACGGAAGUGGGAGCACUAUGACAAGAUGCAUGACGGCGACACCGGGACUUUUGCUUUUGAGCCGGACCUCGAGGAAGACGACUUCGGGGACGUGAUGAAUUAUUAG